UUCGCACGGUUUUUUAGGAAUAAAAGUAACUAAUUUGAUUUUUUCUCUUUAUAUCGCUUGAUGCGCUCGAGUUUUUCAUUCUUUUAUCGUGCGAAGCAACAAAAAACGGUUACCUGGAUACUUUAUUUAAAUUUAAUGGUAGUAAAAUGCCUAAACGAAGUGCUGAAGAAGAUAUAAAAGAAUUCAAAGAGUUGAAUGUUAAGCGAAUGACCAGUCGGUCGGAUUCCCAAAUAAACCUAGACGUAGAUCAAGAGCCAGAGACCGUACUCAGAUCUGAGUUACUCGAGGCUUUGGGUGGUACUUCUAAAGUGACGAGGAAGAUUCAUAGUUCGUUAGCGGAACUUUGGCCUCCGAUCCUUACAAACGGCUUACCAAUUGCAACAAAAGAAAUACUUUUAAAACAAUUUACCAUUCCUGAUAAUUGUAUUUUGUUGAAGGCACCAACUUUGAACUUAGAGCUUACAGCGGUACUUGAGGAGAGUGCAAAAAAUCGAGACAAGAGUAUUCAAUCUGAACAAGAUCAACUAGGUCUGGGUAUAACCGCAAUUAACCAGGCGUUGACAUUACUUUUGAAUAGUGACGGAGAUGUUCAAGUAGUAAAAAUAUUAUCAGACGGAUGCAGAAUCCUCACUGAUCUCCAUUAUGUUCAAACACAAGUGAGAAAACAACAUAUAAAUCGGGUGCUCAACAAACCUUUUCUUGCUGAUAUACAAACUCGAGACGAGACUUUAUUUGGUAAGGACUUACCCAAAAGAAUAAAAGCUUCCAAGGCGAUCAAAAGACAGUUGCUUCAGAUUAAUGACACUAUGACACCAUCCACAUCCAGUGCUCCUAUUCAGUCAGCAGGGCUUCGUAAUCGCUACCAGGACAACUCCCCUUCCCGCUUGCAAUCAGUGAACACAGUCCUCGCGCCCGGCGAUUUCGACAACAAGCAAGAGACGUGCCGUACCGCCUCAACUAGACAGCAAACGACAACUUCAUCAGAAGAACUCAACCGUGGUAGCUACGAUACUCUCAACUCUCUGGAAAUAGCUUCUAACGAUCAAGUAAAAUUGUGUGUAGAUAAGUUACUUGUUGUUAGAAAAGCCGAACCAAGGGCCACAGCAUCUAAAUAUUCUUACACGUGGAACCCACAAAUUCUAUUUGAUUUUAUUGCAAGUAAACCAAAUAGAGAACUUUCUCUUAAAAAUAUCACGAAAAAGUUAGUGACACUACUUGCUCUGUCUACUGCAUACACAGCUCAAACAUUAUCUCUUAUCGAAAUUAAUAACAUUAUAAUGACACCUUCUGGCAUCCAAAUUGAUAUAAGAGAGGUAAUAAAAAAUUCUGCAGCAAACUGCGAACAGCCGGUAUUGCAUUUAGCCUACUUCAAAGAAAAUAAUGCUAUUUGUCCUGCGACACUAUUAAUAGAUUACAUAAGUGUGACUUCAACUGUCAGGCCUACAUCAAUUAACAAGCUUUUAUUAACACAUCAACGACCUCACAAACCACCAACAUAUGAAACCAUUAACACUUGGAUCAAAGAAGUGUUCCAUAAGAGUGGCAUAGACUUAAAGAAACAACGAUUUUCACUGGACCUAUUAAGAGAGACAGCUGUUUGGUCUAACCAAUCACCGUCAUUAGCGAAGUUUUAUAAAUUAUAUAUAUAUGAAAAAACAACUAUGCCAAGUCUGUUGUCUUACCCAAAUAAUCUGUGA